UCUCUGCGCAGAUUGGCCGGAUCAACCGCACACCGCACGUCGCGCCGCUCGCCCGCGCUUAAUCACUCACCUCUGCUCCGCUCCUGCGAAAGGCACCCUCGCACACCCUCUCUGCCCUUGGACGCGGCAGCACGUGGCUCGCACGCCUAGCUCCGCACUGGCACGCGAAUAGGCAACCCGCCCACCGCCAGCCUACCCCCAACCAGCUCUGCAAGCCUGCUAAAGAUGAGCUCCGGACCUGACAUUGGUUCGCCAUACCCUGGCAGCUCUGAAUCCAGCAAACGGGGGCCGAUUCCACCCCAACAGUCACAACCUGGUCUCAACGGACCUCGGAUAUCACCAGACUUCAGGAAUGGCGAUUUUCUUUCGCGCCUUCUUGCCGCCACUCCUCCAUACUUGUACAACAUUCCUCUAGUCCCGCAGAGCUUCUUCUUCAGUGACAUGUUGAAGAGCUUCGUCCAGAGCAGCAACAAUAACAACAAUGCAAAAGCAAACGAGCCUCCGCCGCAUCAGCAGAUGCCACCACGGGAUAACUCGUCGGUGCCGCUUGAGUAUCACUCGACGGAAAUGCAGAAGGACCUCCCUGGCAGGCCUCCGCACCGCCGGCGGAAACGCACCUGGAGGGAGGUGAACGAACCACCCAGGUUCACCAUAGAUAGGAAACCGCCUCCGAUCCUGGACAAACCAUUAGAGCUGACGACAAGCAACAAACACUCUUCGUCGGAGGAAAAGAUCGCGAGGCACGACGGUCCACAGACGCCGAAUCUCUCCUCGCCUCCCCUGGACCAGACCAGGGCCAGUCCCUCCUCGACGACCUCGCCCCCGCUCCUCCCCCCACCGCCGCCGCCGCUCAUGCUGCCGAACCUUCCGCCAUGCGGCAUGCUUCCCCUGCCUGAUUUCAACCGUCUUCAACCUCCCACCAGCACUGAUGGUUCUUCCAUGCCAAACGAUCUCUUGCCCUCGCACCUGCCACCCUUUCCGCCUCCGCUGUGGUACCCGUCGAUGUACCCAGGGCUGGGGGGUCCGAAUCCCCACCACCAGCCACCCUUUGGAAUCGAUCCGCUUCAUUUUUUCAUCGACCUCCGAGUAUCAGGACAUAUAUGGGACAGGAAGUUACCCCCUUUCGGCACGGUCCCAUCCUCGAUGUCACCCCCACAAGCAGGCCUCGACUGCACGAUUGAUCGCGACAGGCGAAACAACACCCCAUUCGUGACCGAGCUGGAGAGUGACGCCGACGUCAAGUCGGGCGCCCUCAACCUCAGCAGCUCCAGCAACAAGCCAGGCCUCAAUCUGCUACUCGGAAUGAAAAACUCGAAACACUCGUCAGCUUUCAGCGUGCCGGAACCCAAGCCCCUGAUGAUGACCACCAGCAAGGGGCACAGCAGGCGGAGCAGUGUCUCCUCACCCAACACCAACUACGUCCUGCAGAACCUAAAACGCAUCUACAAGAGCGUCAAGAUCGAGGACGGCGAGGAGGAGGCCGUCCGCACGGAGGUCAAGGACGAGGAGCCCGAGGAGGGGCGCACCAGUCCAAAGAAGGAGACCUCCUCUGAAGGGGAGGGGGAGAAGAAGGGCGAGUGCAAGGACCUGCCGGCGCUGAUCGGCCUGGAGCUGGUCGUCGAUUACGUCAAGCACGAGACCAAACCCGGAGAGAAGAGGAGCACCCCGCCCAGCACCCCUCCGACCGGAGACGCUGCGCCCAAUAUGCUCGCUGUGACGCCCGAGCCCGAGCAGGCGGCCAGUCCGUGAGAGCCGUGGAAAGAGCAGCAGACACCACAUUUGGGCAUCUCCACGUCGGCGCCGGUGGACAGCUGCUAAAAUUAAUUAAGCUAAUUGCACACGGCGCACGUUUCAAUUUCUCUGUGUAUGGUGUACGUUGCUGGUUGUAACAUAACGGAGGAGUGAAAGAGAGCGAGCGAGUCAACUCAUUUCCGGACUGCGAAAAGUACUGUUGUUUAGCCCCGUGGAGUGUGGAAAUUGGCCAGUGCGCGCCUGCACUCGGAUGCUGGCGCCAAAUUUACCUAAUAAUUUCGUUAUUUUUUUCCAAAGGCUCGCUCUUAGUUACGGCAUUGUUUAUUCACGUUCACGCUCGUCAUCGCACGAACAAAACUUCCAUCCAGCAGACACUGUGUGUAUCAAUAAUUCUGUAAAUGUAUAGCGAGUAUGCAUGUUUGAAUGCGAGCGAGCGAGUGAGAGGGAAAAAACAGACAGAGCGCGAGGUAUAAAAUUUCAUCACCAUAGGAGUUGUGUACGAAAAAAUAACAAAAGCCUGAAAUAACAUCAGCAGUUUGCAAACUUUUUCCCCGGGAAACACAUUUAUUAAUGCUGUUGAUCAUUGUUGUGUAUGUGCAUAUAUACACCUCUUUUCUGUGCUCAGAGCUGCGCCGUGCCGCGGACAAAAAAUAAUAAAUAAAUAUCCUCAGCGUCGUUAUUUGCAUUCUGCGUGUGUAUACGGAUUAAAAGUAAUAAAUAAUAUAGCCGUCGUCAUUCAAGUGUUACAACAAUGUAGCACACGAACACACACACAAAAAGCGUGCGUCUCUCUGUGUGCACGUCCAUAAAUAAUCAUAAUGAAAAUUCGGCUGCGCGAUUUUUUCCCCCGGACAACCCCCUGUUUGUGUUACUCCUUUCAAUCUUUUUCGUUUCCCGGCCGUAUUUUUUAAUGUAAAUAUUAAGCCGGCACAGAGGUAGAGAGCGAACGAGAGAGAGAGAGCGAGAGAGAGAAUUAUUGCGAUUGAAGCGAAAAAACUCAUCGCAAAGUCCCGCCGUAUUGAUGAAUGCGCUUGUUUGCUUUGCACGUGUGCCAGCGAGAAACAAAUGGAAAAAGGCGGACGGUGCAUGAUUAUCAUUCACUGGGCGGGCUGUGCGAACGGCCCCCUUGAUUAUUUGCCGUGUAUGCAAAUGCACAAACGCGAGCUCGGAUUAAAAAUACUCGCACAUAUGAGUCAGUGUUGUUUUUCCAACGCGAAUUACCAAUUCAUUUCGUUGCUAAUCUAUUGUUCGUGGCCGCCGACUUGUUUGCGAUAGUUUCUCUUGCUUGCAACUGAUGCGCGCGAAGUGAUUACGUCGAAAACCUAAUCCUCGCGAAUUUCGGCGUCAGCCUAGAUCACACUUUGUUAAUGGGCGCUGGAUGAGUGGCUGGUUUUGGCCGUUAAUUUACUAUACAUAGUAAAUGAACUAUAGUAUAUACUCACCUUGUUUGCUCGUGUUUUCCUGCUUUCCCCGGAAACCCGGAUUAUUUCUGCCAUAUUGUUUCUGCACAUUAAAUUUUCACAUUUAAGUCGAUUUCUAUCAAGAAAUACUUAUACUGUUUAUUUUUACAUGAGUUCAUACAGAUUUCUACACAUAUUUUGGAGAAAAAAAUUAUUUGGUGGCUAUGCAAAUGUUUUCAUUAUUGAUAGCUUUACCUUCGAACGAAAAUGUUAGUCUCAAAAUGGGAUUUGUUUAGAUUUAACGGCUGUGAACGUUGAAUAUUAAUUAUUUAGAAGAUCCCCAGAGGUUAGCCCUAGUCGGCACUUUAAAGUUCAAAAACACUUGUUGGCAUUCGUAUAUGUAUUGGUAAUAAUUAUUAAUACAUACCAAUAAGCAGUUUUUACUCAAUAAUCUUUCCCGAAAAUAUGUUGUAAUUACAAAACGGCAAAAAAGGUUCACCAUUAGGGGGCCUUUAUGUUCUGCACAAAUUUAUUAAAAGCUGUGACGCUGAUCAGGGCAGCAAAGAUCAGAAUGCGUUGGAUGUUGACGAUAUUUUGAGCUGCUUGUUGGAUUUUUCUUUGUUGUCCAGUCCUUUUCCGCUUCAAUAAUUUCAGACUUUUUAUUGAACAAAUAUAACUUUUUUUAAUGCAUGUGUGAUAAACUUCUUUAUAAUCAAUUAUUAUGACCGUAAGUCAGUGAGAAAAAAUCUCGAAUUUAUUGUAAACUGUAUAUUUUAUUAUGAAUGGAAUAGACAGUGAUUUAUGAACCCUGACUCUAUGCUUGCGAAUAGGAGCACAAAUUUGAUGCAUUCUAUAUACCGUAUGUUGUUGAACAGAGGGGCAACAAGCGCAAAAUGAAAAUGUAUCAGGAAUAGACCAGCCACGAUUUGUAAAACAAAUCUGCUAUGAAAGCGAACAUGGCAGAGUAAACAUUUAUUCUGGCGCGAAUAUUCGCCGCAAUUAUCACGCAAACAAAAUCCACCCACCGCACGGAUAUGCAGAAAUUUGCUCAACUUUUUACUUGACGCCGGCAGCAUCGCGCGCCUGUGUAAAUUAUUAAUUUACAUUUGCGAUCGUUUCAGCGGCCGGUGGCAAAUCCAUUAGUUUGAUCACACACGCACUAUCGAAAUAAAUAGCAAAUGUGUGGUGUGUAUUUAUCGGCGAGCGCGGCUCGAUUGCUAUGCUCACUCACAGCGGUCCCCUCGUGCGCGCAUAUUAAUUUUUGAUCACAACAGCAGCAUCCGUUUAAAAUGGGCGAAUUAAAAUGAGCCGGGUAAUUGUGUUUUCAAAUCAUCACCUGAUGCCGCUGGUUGGCAAAAUACAUUGUUGUGAAUUUGCAACUGUUUAUCUGGAUGCGCGCGCGAGUGAGCGAGUGAGAGGGCGAGAGAGAUUACGGCCGUUUGCCGCAAAUUUAUGGCGCUCUCCAAAUUUGCAGCAGCGAUUUUUCAAAAGCGGCUUUUUCAACAUAUACAGCCCAUUUGGAAAAUAAAAAUCCGAUCCGCUGUGUGAAAAGCUUUCGUCAAUUAAUUCGAAAUUCUUUUUAAUCUCUGCCACCAUUGAUACACGUUAUAUAUUCGCGCACUGAUUGUGAGAGUACAUCAUUCGAGUACCGUACAGAAAUUAAUGUUAUAUAUUUAUUCACGGUCGAAAAAUCAGCCUUGUGAUUACAGAAGCGGCAUUAACAACAGUUGAAUACGAGGUUGCGGAAAAAAAUCGCAUUUUAAGCGAAAUUAAUAAUUUCAUUUUUUCCUGGCUUUCCUUAACAUGGCAUACAUUUUCAACUAGAAAAAGACUCGCACAGAAAUGGCACAUCAAGUUCGUGCUCUGGUUCCACUUAAAUACAGUGCACUGGUAAACCCCGUUUUUUUCACUUUUUACCAAAUUUUCUACCAAAAGAAGAGAUGAAAAAUAUAACAUUUUUGUUUGAUAUGUGGGGAAUUUUUAAUAUUGAGCGUUGUUGUCUAGUUUGGGUAUUUUGUUUUGUAUCUUUCCAUUAUUUAUGAUAUGUAUUGUGCUCAAUUAUAGAGGGUGAAGCGAGAGCAAAACAUUUAUUUCAUGUGAAAUAAUGUUAAAAAAUACGGUCAAUCAUUUCAACUGGCACCAUAUUUAAUACAAGUAUUUCUUGUAAUUCAUAAACAUGAAAUAUUGACUGGCAAAAAAUGGAAAAAAACCGGAUGGUUAGUAAAUGCAACUCAGGCUUGUGCAUUUUUAAAUUGAGCUUUUAAAACAUGAUUGAUAAAUGAAAUCCCUAUUUAACCAAAUAAACUCAUUAAGAAUGCCAGUAUUCUUAAUUUACCUUCCGUUUGACAUUGCAGAUUUCAUAUUUAAGGCAUAAGUUACACUAAGUUAAAACAGCCACUUCCUAGUCAAUCGGAUUGUCGUCCCCACAGUAAGUUAGUUCCAGUCAGUAUUGCCGUAAUCAGCCUUCCGCCUAUUCCAUUUGAGUUCAUCCGCAGCAAAUCACUUGUUCCUUGUGUGAACGUUGGCGAAAGUCGGUGCUGCCUUUUUGAAAGCAACGCUCAGCGCAGCGCGCAGAAUGCAUAAAUGCGGAGCGACACUUUGCGCGCGCAAAACACAAGCGUCGUAAGAAGUGGAGCGCGAAAAGUGGUUCGGUGGUGUGUGUGUGUGUGUGUGUGUGUGUGUGUGUGUGUUUCUUUUAAAGCAAAAAGUCCCGUUUGAUUGCUCCCCUCGGCGGCCGCGGGUGGAUUCGCUCACUCGCUGCCCUAGGGCUUCCAGUCUCGAGUGUUGCAAGUGCUCGCGCCGAGUGGCUGAAUGAGUGCCUCCAUCAAGUUGUCUACAAGUGGUCGUCGUUUGCUGUACAUUCGGGGUUGAAGCGGCGGCAGCGGCAAAUAAAACAAUGCGUCCCACGCCCGACUCUCCUUGGCUCGGGAGGGACGCGCGCGCUGAAAAAGAAACCUGGCUCAAAAUCGUGCGGAUUUAGCUUUUAAUUAAUUGUUGAUCAUGUUAGUUUGGUAGACGAAACUAAGUUGACACGUUGUGCGGCGGAAAUUUCAACCAGCGCCAUUGCCAUUGGGUACUUUAUUGUUGUCAUAAAUAUCCAUUGUACAUGUGAAGAUCCCAUCAUGUAGGGUUACGUUGGUAGAAUGUGGAAAAUAAAAAUAUCAAACUGAAAGCAA